AAUUUGGGAGACAUCUGCUGUUAUACGAUACUUCUCGUGGGAAAAUAGCUCGUUGACCCAUAAAACAAUAUGAAGAUUGAGAGAGAUUUAUAAGACGGAUUGAUGAACUUGUUUUCCCUGCGUAUGAGUUAUGGAGAUUUUCUAAGGAGAUUUUCUAAAGAGAUCCUUCCUAAAGUAGGGAUAAACUUCAAAUUUUGGCCCAACCGAAAGUUUUUUUUUGUUUGAACACUUAGCUGGGGAAGAUUAAAAAAGAAAUGAUAGCUAAUAAUAAUGAUAAGGAGUGAGAUGUGGUGAUUUUCAUAUAUGUAGAUGUGUAAUUCAUUUGACUAUUAAGAAACUUCGAAGAAGUGAUAGAUCUCUUAGAACUCAUGUAUACAUUCACGUUUAGAUGUAUUUGACGUAAAGGUAUACCUAUAUGUGAAUUUUAAGAGAUGAUGUUCAUUGGUUAAUGUAAAUUAUGAACGCUUAUGUAAAACGAAAGGACGGGUAUAUAUAAAAAAUGAAGUAUUACGAUGGAGCAAAUUAUGGUUUUGUAUCGUUUGGAACUCUGGUAGUAACGUCAAGGUGCUUCGUGUAUUGAGGGAUUAGUCAAAGGUAAACUCAUGGGGAGGCUUUUACAGAUUUAACAUUGGUGCAUGCUAAAUUGCUAAUGUUUAACUUCCUAGACCGUAGUACAACAUAUUAUUUAAAAAGUCAAACAGAAAUUUACAUUGUGUUUGUGUUUUUACACCGUAAAGAAAGCCAAAGCAAAAUUUUCAAAAAAAACAAAUAAAAUUACAAGAUUCUUUGGACCUUCCGGAAUUGUUGUAGGCACCACCUUCAAUUCAAUAACUUUUAAAAUAUGUAUAUAUAAUUUUAGUAAUUUAAGGGAAUCAAUUAAUAAAAUUCACCAGAUAUAAAAAAUAGUAUUUGAAAUCGGUGUCUGGAUUUUGUUAUACAAAUAAAAUAUUCUUAUAAUAUUUAUAAAAUACAUUUCUUUUGUUAACAUCCAUUGACUUUUUAUUAAAGCAUAUCAUGAAAUGCACGUUAGGAGUAUAAAUUAAUUAAAGACAGGCAGACAGCUAAGUAAGGAAUGAAAAAGAGAGAUGGUGUUGAUUGGUUAUUGGUUAAUUACUAUUUACCUUUGAAGCUUAUAAAACUAGAGACAACCGAGGCUUUAUAAUCAGGCAGAUUACACAUCAUAAAACAAAACAAGAGAAAGAGAGGCAGAGAGAAAAGUUGAUCAAUAUGGAGAAAAGGGUUUUGUACGGUUUGGUAGUAAUGCUAAUGUACCUGGUGGGUGGUGGCUAUAGUCAAGGGGUAGUGGAAUGGAUACGUGACAAAGCUGAAUGGGAAGAAAUUCUGGUCAAGACGGAAAUUCACAUAGGGGUUAUGGUAACGUCCCCAUUGUGCGGUGCUCCAUGUGAUAUAGUGAACGACCAAGUGGCUCGAUUUGUUGAAACCUACGGCGACCGGAUUAAGUUCUACAAAGUCAACAUUUUGGAGACUUUGUUCUUUGCACUAGAUUACAAAAUACUCACUGUUCCAACUGUCAUAAUUUUCAAAGAGGGAACCAUAAAUAUUCGUUUCGAAAGCCUUUCCGAUUGGAGUAUGUUUUAUGAACUAUUAGUCAACUCAAGUAUAAUCGACUUUCCCCCUGACCUGUCCACGGCUCCAACCCCAGCCCCCUCCGACUCUGAUCCAGAUGCCGACUUGCCACCGCCUCUUCAAUCCGGCGAGUAAACUAUAGUCCCGUCUUGAAUUAAUAACGUCAUUUUAUAUGUAUUAUUGUGUGUAACGUGUGUGUUUGCUGCUUCCACUUUAGUUUACUGCGUUAAUAAAAGUUGCAGCAUAUAUAUAUAUAUAUAUAU